AUGACUUCAACCCUGAGGAAAGUGUACCACAUCACAGUUUUCAGCUGGUAUGCUUUUGUCGUAAAGAGCCUCGCUGCUAAGGAUGGAGAGGAGUUACCACCAGGGAUCUUUGUUUAUGGAGGACCAUGGAAGUACCUCACUUUUUUGAACUUGCUGUUACAAAUGUCAUUCUUUGGACUGGCGGCAGUGAAUGAUCUACAACCUGAGGAGUCCGAGAGCACUCUGAACAAAUGUAAAGACCUUCUCUUCUCUGUCUUUGCCUUCCCUGUGGGCAUGUUUGUUGUUCUACUUUUCUGGAGCAUCUUUGCCUAUGACAGAGAAUUAGUCUACCCAGCUAGUAUUGACACCUUCUUCCCCCCCUGGAUAAACCAUGCUAUGCACACGUUCGUCCUUCCUGUUUUACUUGGAGAGAUGCUGGUGCAGCCUCACAUCUACCCACCGACCAAACAUGCGCUGGCAGCAUUGGGAGUUGUGGGCUUGUCUUACUUAUUUUGGAUUAUAUGGGUGUACUUGUCAGUUGGGAUUUGGGUGUAUCCCCUUCUCGGGCACUUCAGCUCCGCCGGUCUGGUGGGCUUCUUCCUAUUCAACAUGACAGUGGUGACCUUGCUCUACGUGCUAGGGGACAAGUUCAACAGCCAUGUCUGGUAUGAGAACAAAAUGACAGCAAAAGUGAAGUGAUUCAACCUCUCUGUCACAUAAAAAUGGUCAGAAAUAAUCCCUUAAAGCGAGACUGAAAGAAGAGCUAACACAUUCUUCCUCUUACAAAUGAAAAGUUUAAUUUAUAAGCAAUAAAAUGCACCAUUGCUCAGUUAAAUACACUCAGGGGUUUUGCUGUUAUAGCCCUUGUUGGUAUGACCAGUGACUUAUAAUGGCUAACUAAAGUUAGCAAACCUUAAAUAUGGUUAAAUAUGUUUCUUCUCCACUACUACUACAUUACUGUUAAUGGCUAAACUACUGUUUAGCAACCAGAAACUACUCUUUAGCAUUUAGCUACAACUUGGCUAGCAUUAUUCCAUUACAGUCAACAGUAGCAGCUGUUGGACAAAAGUUACAGUCUGUUUUAAAGGUUCAUUGCACUGAAACUGCCAACAACAGCUGGUGUAAAUGUUAGUUCAUUUAACUCACAACAUUGUUUAAACUGAUUACAUCGGACAUUUUAAGUAACACUAACUUAAUUUAAAGUUUAAAGUUAA